AUGUUUAAGAGAUGUUCAUUAAGGGUAGGUAGCUUUUUGCCAAGAUUUUUAGCGGUCAAUACCACUAGACAUCUUGUCACAAGACAGAUUAUGCUGCAAGGCACUCCAAAAGUGUCUUCAAGAAUAAAUAUACACAAAAGAUUCUUUGCAGAUGGCUCCGCUGGUGGGUAUGCAAUUCCUGAUGAAGUGACACAGCUACCAAUUGAAAAGUAUCAUACAUUGGCAGACACAGCAUUGGAUGAUUUAACUGACCGGUUAGAAGAAAUUAGUGAAAAGUUCCCAGAACAAAUCCCAGAUGUAGAGUUAAGUCAAGGGGUACUGACAUUAGUGAUUCCUGAAUUUGGUACUUAUGUGAUUAACAAGCAACCUCCAAAUAAACAGAUUUGGUUGGCAUCACCAAUUUCUGGUCCCAAUAGAUAUGACUAUUAUCAAGGUGAAUGGGUUUCAUUAAGAGACAAUACAAAGUUGUUGGAUGUGUUAAGAGAUGAAUUACAAAGAGCUUUACCAGAUACCGAAUUAACAUUAUAG